GUAAUCUCGCACUCCCACGCACUCAUAAAUACCAUCACUUCUUAAACAUUACGCUUUAGAGACACUUCAACCCGCAAAUUUUUCAACUCUUCUUCUGCUUCCUGCUCUCUCAUCAACUCUUGUUCCUCCUUCAAUGGCUCAGAAGGUGGUGUUGAAGGUCAUGACUAUGACUGAUGAUAAGACAAAGCAGAAAGCAAUAGAAGCAGCUGCAGAUAUCUAUGGGGUGGAUUCGAUCGCUGCAGAUGUGAAGGAUCAGAAGCUGACUGUCAUAGGCCAAAUGGACACAGUGGCAGUAGUGAAGAAGCUGAAGAAAGUGGGGAAGAUUGAUAUCAUAUCUGUUGGACCUGCCAAGGAGGAGAAGAAAGAAGAGAAGAAAGAGGAGAAGAAGGAAGAGAAGAAGGAAGAGAAGAAAGAGGAGAAGAAGGAGGAGAAGAAAUGAAAGGACAAUAAUUACAUGUUGUCGGCUUCUUCAAAUUCUUCCCCUUUUUUCUCAGUUUUCAAGUUUUCUGAUAAUUUCCGUAUGCAGAAAAUCCAUGGUUAGCCAUACAGUGAAAACACUACUAUACUUUUUUUUCUUUGGGUUUCUCUUCAAAAUCUGGUGUCACAGUAUUCUUCUUUUGCAGAAUCAACCGUGCAAAAACUCAGAUGGUUGACAAUUUUGUGUGGGCUUUAAUUUGCAUUUAGUGUAGUUAAUAAUGCUGUAUGAAAUAAGGACUAAUUUAAUGUGCUAAUUGUCUCGUUACACUGAUAA